CUGUCGGGAUAAUGUGUUUUAUCAAAUUUAAACGCAUUCUGUUGUUUAACAAUAAAUAAAUAAAUGGACAUUCAUAAAUAUAUUUUAGAGUAAACCGGAAGUGCUCGGAGAGGUUGAGCACAUUGUUCCACCGCGCGUCUUUGCUUCAUUGAAUCAAUGAAGUUUCACGUAAAUAUUCCGAAAAUAACGCAGAAGCCAGCGGAGUGACCUUGGCACCGUUGUGUGCACCCCACUACAAUUAACAGACGUUACAUUCUGCUUUGAAUUUGAGUAAGCAAUGGCUGGGAUUCUGUUUGAGGAUAUUUUUGAUGUAAAGGACAUUGAUCCAGAUGGAAAGAAGUUUGACAGAGUGUCUCGUCUACACUGUGAAAGUGAAUCUUUCAAGAUGGAUCUGAUCCUGGAUGUAAAUAUUCAGAUAUAUCCUGUGGAUUUAGGUGACAAGUUCAGACUGGUCAUUGCAAGCACGCUAUAUGAAGAUGGAACACCAGAUGAUGGGGAAUACAAUCCUCAAGAUGACCGGCCAUCAAGGGCAGACCAGUUUGACUAUGUGAUGUAUGGAAAGGUGUACAAGAUUGAAGGCGAUGAAACAUCAACAGAAGCAGCAACACGGCUAUCUGCCUAUGUGUCGUACGGAGGCCUCCUCAUGAGACUGCAGGGAGACGCGAACAAUCUGCAUGGCUUCGAGGUGGACUCCAGGGUUUACCUCCUCAUGAAGAAACUUGCAUUCUAAACCUGAGUUCUCUUCAAAAUCACAUCAUGGUUGUGAUUCCCCCAACUGAACACAGUCAUAUAUUGAACAUCUGAAGGGUGAAGAUUUUUCUGGUUAUUUUUUUAUUCCACACAACGGCACGUUUCCUUGGAGGAAAUGUA